AUGCAGACUUGGAUGUGGUUUGUGGUAUUUGCUUUUCGAUGGUGGAAUGCGUUAUGGGUAAAGACGUUUUUCCAACCCGAUGAGUUCUACCAGUCUUUGGAGGUUGCUCAUCAUUUAGUCUUUGGUUAUGGAUUUCUAACUUGGGAAUGGAGAAACUCUAUCCGUUCUGGUCUGCAUCCUCUUAUUUUUGCUUGCUUAUACCAGUUGUUAAAAUUGCUAGGGUGGGAUUCUAACUACACAGUUAUGCUGAGUGCUCCUCGUAUCCUUCAAGGAACUUUUUCUGCUAUUCUGGAUUAUGCUACUUAUCAGUUUGCCCUUCAUCGCUACGGCAGCAGAGCUGCACGAUGGACCCUUGUUUGUUCUCUAUUCUCUUUCUUCAAUGCCUUUGUUGGUGUUCGGACUUUUGCAAAUUCUUUAGAAACAACCAUGACAGCUCUUGCUCUUUGGCAGUGGCAGAAAUAUAUGAGGCUCGUAUCUCAUACUCAAGUUAAGACUGAUCAUAAUCCUACCGCAUUUCGAGCAUUAUUAUGGUUUAUAACCAUAAUUGGGAUUGCAUUUCUUAUCCGCCCUACUAAUUUACUUAUUUGGGUUGUUCCCGUUUUACUAUGGACAGCUUCGCCUAAAGCACCUUUUCUUCGUCCAAGCUUAAUAUUAGCAAGGGUACGUCAGUUAUUUUGGGAAGUCCUGAAUCACCCUUUUGCAAUCACUGCAGUUGUAAGCACGAUCCUUAUUUUUAACGUCUUGGUAGACCGAUAUGUAUACGGUCGUUUCGUCUUUCCCAUCAUUUCUUUCUUUAAUUUCAAUGUCACGUCAGGUCUUUCCUCUCUUUAUGGGGUAAAUUCUGCACAUUAUUACCUUUCACAAGCUAUACCGUUGAUAUGCGGAGGAUAUAUAAUUUUCCUUUUUUUGUCGUUUGAUCUACAGGCUGUUUUCGCCGUCGGAUUUGUUUUACUUCCUUAUUCUUUUAUUUCCCACAAAGAAUUUCGGUUUGUCUAUCCAUUAUCUCCUAUACUUCUUUCGGCUAUUGGUAAUGGUUUGGCUUCAGUGUCUUCGAAGUGGAUACGCCGUGGUUUUGUUUUAAUUAGUUGUGUACAUAUUGGUGUUGCAAUUAUCCUUUGUCGUUUUCAUCAAUUGGGAUCUGCAGAUGUAAUGCCGUUGAUUCAUUCUCUUGCAGCCCAAAACAAAACUGGUAUUAUCCUCGCACCCUGCCACACGACACCUUGGCAAUCCCAUAUUCACGUUCCCAGUGCGGAUCGUACUUGGAGGUUUCUUACGUGUGAGCCUUUUGAGCAUCCUUUUGAUGAAACCAAUAGAUUUUACAUGGAUAUGCCGGCUUACCUCGACCAACUAGAGGUAUAUCCAGACUACCUGGUUUUUUUCGAAGAACGCUUGCCAUCACUUGAAGUCUAUUUUGAUUCUAAAGGACUCUUAUAUAAUGAAUUCGCAACGUAUUUCAACUCUUGGAUUCCCGAAAGUGAAGAACGUCGAGGUAAUUUACUUGUCUAUGAAAAGCAGUACGAAUCUUUCAACGAGGGCAAGUUUUCCAUAUGA